GAAAUUGAUAGUAAAAUUAGCUAACUUGUUCCGAUUUUAGCACAGUACAGCAGCUUUGGAGUGGAGGAAUUAAGUUGAAUAUUUCUGCUUCAAUUAUUUGUCUUGUCUUCUAAAUUUAUGGGGCAUUUUCCGAACAUGUUCUGGCCCCUUUAACUCAUCCACAUUUCAGAGGAGUGACGCUGACAGGAAGGUUGUGGUUGCGGAUCUCCGAGGGCUUAGUUUGGUGACCAUGCUCUGCUGGGGAAACGCCUCCUACGGUCAGCUCGGCUUGGGAGGGAUUGACGAAGAGAUUGUGGUUGAGCCGCGAAAAUGUGACUUCUUCCACGGGAAGCAGGUGCGAGAUGUCGGGUGUGGGCGCAGACACACGGCGUUCCUGCUGGAAGACGGGACCGUGUACACCUGCGGCUGCAACGAUCUGGGCCAGCUGGGACACGAGAAGUCCAGAAAGAAACCAGAACAAGUUGUGGCCUUGGACGCGCAGAUCAUCGUGGCACUUUCGUGUGGGGAGUCACACACUCUGGCUUUGAACGAUAAAGGACAAGUGUUCUCCUGGGGCCUUGGCUCGGAUGGACAGCUGGGUUUAAAUAACUUUGAAGAAUGUAUUCGAGUACCAAGAAACAUCAAGAGUUUGUCAGACGUUCAGGUGGUUCAGGUAACCUGUGGGUACUGGCACUCCCUGGCUCUGUCAAAAGGGGGCCAGAUCUUCUCUUGGGGUCAGAAUCGAUAUGGUCAGCUUGGGCUUGGAAUGAACGGACAGAGCAUUUCUGUGCCUCAGCACCUCCAGUCUCUGCAGGGCAUUCCUUUUGCUAAGAUAGCAGCUGGGGGCGCUCACAGCUUCGCCCUUACGCUCUCAGGAGCCGUGUUUGGUUGGGGGCGCAACAAGUUCGGCCAGCUGGGCCUAAAUGACACUAACGAUCGGUGUUUCCCCGCUCUGCUGAAGUCCCUGAGAUCUCAGAAAGUGAUCGACGUUAGCUGUGGAGAGGAUCACACCGCAGCUCUGACUAAGGAAGGAGGCGUCUUCACAUUUGGAGCUGGAGGUUAUGGCCAACUUGGACACAACUCCACAAACCAUGAGGUCAACCCGAGAAAGGUGUUUGAGCUCAUGGGAAAUAAAGUCACUCAGAUCGCAUGUGGAAGGCAGCACACUCUGGCCUUCACGCCCUCCUCAGGAAAGAUGGACUCCUUCGGUCUCGGAGGGAACGGGCAGCUUGGCACGCGCUCUACCUGCAACAGAAAAAGCCCCGCCCCCAUUAAAGGUUUGUGGGGGUCUUCAAGUGCUUCAUCGGACUCCGACAUGGGGGAAAGCUGUUGGGUCAAAAGGAUUUAUGCAGGAGGAGAUCAAAGUUUUGCUCACUAUUGCAGCUCCAGGGUGAUCUUUGUGGGGGAGGACGCCGUGGAUGCAGGCGGUGUGAGAAAAGAGUUCUUCCUCCUGAUCAUGAAGGAGCUGCUGGAUCCCAAAUAUGGAAUGUUUCGUUACUACGAGGAUUCCAGACUCAUCUGGUUUUCACACAAGACGUUUGAGGACAUUGACUUGUUUAACCUCAUCGGGCUCAUCUGCGGUCUGGCCAUCUACAACCUGACCAUCGUGGAGCUCAACUUCCCUUUGGCGCUUUACAAGAAGCUCUUGAAGAAGAAGCCAACUCUGGAUGACCUGAAGGAGCUGAUGCCGGAUGUGGGGAGGAGUCUGCAGCAGCUGCUGGACUACAGUGAAGAUGAUGUGGAGGAAGUCUUCUGCCUGAAUUUCACUAUCACAGAGGAAAACUAUGGAGCCACAGAAGUCCGUGAACUGAUUCCAAAUGGGGAAGACAUCAAUGUGAACAAAACCAACAGGCAGGACUUUGUGAACGCCUACGUGGAUUAUGUCUUCAACUCGUCCGUGGCGCCGCUCUUUGAGUGCUUCUACGCAGGUUUCCACAAAGUGUGUGGUGGGAAAGUGUUGGAACUCUUCCAGCCGAGCGAACUGCAGGCCAUGGUCAUCGGGAACACAAACUACGAUUGGACAGAACUUGAAAAGAGUACUGAAUACAAAGGGGAGUACUGGGCAGAACAUCCGACCAUCAAGCUCUUCUGGGAGGUCUUCCAUGAACUUCCAUUAGAGAAGAAGAAGCAGUUUCUCUUGUUCCUCACAGGAAGUGACCGCAUUCCCAUCCUGGGCAUGAAGAGCCUUAAACUGGUGAUCCAGCCCACCGGAGGAGGGGAGCAGUUCUUACCUGUAGCCCACACCUGCUUCAACCUGCUAGACCUCCCCAAGUACACGAGUCAAGAAACAGUCCGCGAGAAGCUUUUACAGGCGAUAGAUCACAAUCAAGGCUUUAAUCUUGCGUGAUAGAAAUAAAGACGUGUGUGGACUCGAGAUGGUGGUAACCACAUUCC